AUGGCGCUCGUCUACUACGUCACGAACUACGCGACCAAGGUGGAGGACCCGACGUGGAAGCGCGUCGCCGCCGCGGCGGAACUGCUGCCCGUUCUCUCGGCCGGCGGCCAGCCGGGUGCCGGGGAUGACGCCCGUGGUGGCGUCGUCGGCGACGGCGAUGGAACUAAAAACAAGACGCGGCAGUUUCUGAUGAGAGUGGCGAAUCGGGUAUUCACGGAGCGGGCUCUGUCACAAGUCGAGGUCGUCGCCCAUCUCCUGGGAUACCUGAGCGAGUUCACGGGCAGCAGCGCCUGGGCGUACCUGAACGUGUCGGUGCUCUACUGGCACGUCUCCAGGCGGUGGCGACACCUUCGGCAGGAGAGCGGCACCGCGGUCGCAGACGUGUCCGUGGACGAGUCGGUGUUAAGGCGGCCGGGAAAGCACGCCGUCGUCUGCCUUGACGGCUACCUAAGCAAGGAUUUCGAGCAGGACGACGAGGAAUCGGGCCAUCGCAGAGCAGCCGUGCAGCAUCUUGCUGCCCUGUUUGUGCCGUGGGAGGCCUUUCUCGGCGAAGAGCGAGGCGACAUCAAUGAUAUAUGGAGGCGGGCGCGAGAGCAGCUGCCGCCGAGAACUCUCUGCCUCGUCGAUAACGUUCAACUGCUCCGGCGGUCCGCCGAGGACGCAAGGCGAGACGCCAAGCAGUGGGCGGCCUCGGGCGGUGACGGGGAUCCCGGCGGCGCUCUCGGCGCGGGGGAGGAGGGGGGCCAACACCCGGGGGACCACGACGCGGCCUCGGCGUACCAGUCCGACAACGUCGGAAACGCAACGCGACUAAUCGACGUCCAGCUGUGCCGCUUCCAGCAAUCAGCGCUGGUCUCGACCGCCGAGCUUCAGGCCGCCAUCGUGAGGGAACGGGACGGGAGGCACAUCGACAUGCCGGGGCAGGUGUUUUCCGGGGCUGCGGUGCCGCCGCAGGACCAGGUCAAGGCCAUCAAGUCGCAGCAGACAUGCGCCUCUAGGGAGAGGGUGAAGAUGAUCCAGGGCAUACAAAGCAUGGCCCCGGCCCACGGCACCGAUCGUGGUGCAGCGGAGAGGAGCGUGCUGACCGGCUUCGGGGAGGAAGACGUGCAGAUGACGCGAGCGGAAGCCGAGGAGACGGCAGGUAACGCGGGGGCUGGAAUGGAAGUCCGCCUCGGCCCGUCGACCUCCUUCCUCGAGGCCGGGAAAGGCUUGACGACACGCUUGACGCUGAACAAGAAACAGGCGAUCGCCUUCUCCAUACUAUGCCGCCACCUGGACUCGAUGCGGCAAGGAGACGGAGGCGACGUCAGCCAGCUCUGCCAAUUCGUCGGCGGCGAGGGCGGCACCGGCAAGUCUCGCGUCAUCGGAGCACUCGACGUGCUCGUCAUCGACGAGGUGAGCAUGCUCGGCGCGCGGACGCUGCACGCCGUCAACGAGCGGCUCUGCCAGCUGCGGGGAUCGAAGCGGGACUUCGGGGGGAUCCCCAUCGUCCUCUUCUGCGGGGACUUCCACCAGUUCCGCCCCGUCCAGGAGAGGUCGAUCCUGUUGCCGAGCGCGGCCGUCUCGUGGGACGAGGACAACUCGUUCAGUGCCGAGCAGCGGCACCAGCACGACAAGGCGCACGCGCUGUGGAAGGGGUUCACGACCGUCGUCAUUCUGGACGAGCAGAUGCGCGCCGCCGGCGACCCGGAGCUGCGGCGGCUGCUGAAGCGGAUCCGACGGGGCGUGCAGGACCACACGGACCUGGAUCUCUCAACUCGAGGUGCCACCGGAAGGCAGGCGGAUCCCGUGGGAGACGGCCUGGCGUUCCAGAUCCAGCAGCGGUCGACGGUGCGCAUCUUCCUCCGAGCACAAUGGAAGGACGGCCUGCCGACCGAGGAAGAGGCCAUCAUGAUGUUGAACCAGGGCGACGACAGCGCGAUCCCGGUGCCGGCCGUCUUCAUGUUCGUGCCGGGGAUGCCGGUCGUCGAACCACAACACCCACCAGGGGCUAAAGCUGGUGAACGGCGCCGGCUACACGGCGGCGGAGGUCAUCGUCGACAAGGCGCACCCGGGCAUCGGCUCGGCCGACAUGGUGAUCCACUUCGGCCGCCGGCGGCGAUCAUACUGGGGUCGGAGACGACCAAGGACUUCCGCUUCGUCGGGAUGCCGCCUGGCACCAUCCUCCUGACGCCCAUGAGCGUCAGGAUCCAGUGUCACCGGAAGCGACCGUGGCAGCAGAACGACGUCAGCCGCAAGGGCCUGCCGUGCGCCGCCGCCUUCGCAUGCACGGAUUACAAGGUGCAGGGGGGGACGCUCGAGCGCGUCGCGCUCGAGCUGCGAGGGACGAGGACGAUAAACGUCGGCGGACGUGCCGUCCCCUCGCAGUGCGACCCGUAUAGCCUGUACGUGCAGCUGUCGCGGUGCCCGACGCUGGACGGCAUCAUGCUCGUGUCGAAGGUGCGAGAGAGGGACCUGGUGGGAAACCGGGUCCCCCGGGAGAUGACGGCCGCACAAGCGAGGCUAGAGGAACUGAGCGACAGAACCGUCCGGGAGGCGCUGUGCUGGCUCGGCGACGACUUCGAAUUGAAUUCGCGCAGAAACAGAGAAGCCCUGGACAGGCAUGAAUUGCAUGAAUGA